AAAAACCACAGCUUCGAGGAACAGGACCAGCUUCAUUCCCAACAUUCAGGUUAUCGAAAAUGGCUCUCUUAGUCGAUAAGUUACGACCUCGGUCGCUCGAUAGUUUGAGUUACCACCAUGACCUUUCUGCACGGUUGAAAUCCCUUGCUCAAAGCGGAGACUUUCCUCAUCUGCUUGUUUACGGUCCUUCUGGUGCCGGCAAGAAAACGCGAAUCAUUGCGACACUGAAGGAACUGUACGGGCCGGGAGUCGAGAAGAUCAAGAUUGAUGCCCGAGUAUUUCAGACGACUAGCAACCGCAAACUGGAAUUUAACAUUGUCGCUUCGGUCUAUCACCUCGAAAUUACGCCCUCCGACGUUGGCACGUACGAUCGGGUGGUUGUCCAGGAACUGCUCAAAGAGGUCGCGCAAACCCAGCAGGUUGACCUGUCCGCCAAGCAGCGCUUCAAGGUCGUGGUGAUCAACGAGGCAGAUCACUUGACGCGUGAUGCUCAGGCCGCGCUGAGAAGGACAAUGGAGAAAUACAGUCCGAAUCUCCGCCUGAUUCUGCUAGCAAACAGCACUUCGAACAUCAUUGCUCCUAUUCGCUCACGAACCCUGCUGGUCAGGGUUUCUGCACCCACGGAAAAUGAGAUCUGCUCGGUUCUCACGAAUGCGGGGAAGCGAGAAGGGUGGCCGGAAGCAGAGGGGCUCAAUAAGCGGAUAGCCAAGGAGAGUGGCCGGAAUCUACGCCGAGCGUUGCUCAUGUUCGAAGCCAUUUACGCCCAGAAUGAACGAGUUACAGACACAACACCGAUCCCACCACCGGACUGGGAAGCCCUCAUCUCGAUCACGGCGGACGAAAUCCUCGCGGAGCGAUCUCCGGCACGACUCUUGCAGGUCCGCGCUCGGUUAUACGAUUUGCUUACUCACUGUAUUCCACCUACCACGAUCCUCAAGACAUUGACCUUUAAGCUCAUUGUGAAAGUCGACGAUGCCCUGAAAUCGGACGUCAUCAAGUGGUCGGCGUUUUACGAGCACAGAAUCAAGCAAGGGAGUAAAGUGAUCUUCCAUCUCGAAGCCUUCGUUGCCAAGUUCAUGCGGAUCUAUGAGAGUUACUUAAUGGGCAUGGACUUCUAGUUUUAGAAUAAUGAACGAGUAAUGAGUGUAUAUUAUUGAUUCCAUCUAUAUACCAAAAAAAGUUCAGGCACCUUCUGGGUACUUUCAAUGCACUUUAUGAAGCAUCGGCC